CUGCGGAAAUGGCUGCGGAAGCUGCCAACGCAAGUGCGCCGAACGCGCUGGACGAUAUCAAAGCUCCCGCUGGCGUGGUGCUGCCGCCUCGUGAGAUUAGGAACAUUCUCGAGAAAACCGCCGGAUACGUCGCGCGAAACGGCUCGGUCUUCGAAGACCGCAUCCGAGAAAAGGAACGUCAGAACCCCAAAUUCAGCUUCCUGAGCCGCGAAGAUGCGUACCACGAUUACUACCAGUGGCGACUGAGCGAGAUCAGAGCCGGUCGCGGCACCGACAUUGCGGCCGGUCGGGCUGGAGAAAGCGCAGCGCCCGUUCCCGAAAAGCCAAAGGGGCCGCCUAAGCCGCCCGACUUUCAGUUUUGUGCUCGAAUGCCUCACAUCAACCAGAAGGAUUUGGACGUGAUCCGGCUGACGGCGCUUUUCGUGGCCAAGAACGGACGGCAGUUCAUGACGCAGCUGGCGCAGCGCGAAGCCGGCAACCCCCAGUUCCAGUUCCUCAUCCCCAACCACACGUUCCACAACUUCUUCCAGCACAUCGUCGACCAGUACACGUUGCUCUUGCGGGCGAGCGGGCUCGACGGCGAGGGCGGCAAGCUGCAGGAAGAGCGCGUGGCACAGCUCCAGCGCAACAUCGAGGAUAAGUUCCACGUGUUGAAGCGAGCGAAGGAGAGGGCGGAGUAUGCCAAGUUUCAGGAGGCCGAGAGGAAGAAGAAGGAGGCCGAGGAAGAGGUGGCCAAGGCCGAAUUUGCUCGCAUUGAUUGGGGUGACUUUGUCAUUGUCGAGACCAUUACCUUUUCCGACGCCGAUGAAAGCGCCAACCUCCCGCCACCCACCACCCUGGGCGAUCUCCAAUACGCUUCCCUGGAGGACAGGAACAAGGCCUCCAUCAGUGCCAAUCUACGGAUAGAAGAGGCCAUGCCUGGCGAGGAGGACGAACUGCAGAACGGAGUCGCUACAGCACCUCAGCCAGCCUCCUUUCCCCUCCCUGUACAUACGGGUUACGCUCCGCAGCAGCAGCAGCAUGAGCACGUGCCAUCACCAGUGGGUGUUCAUGGCGCCGAGUCACAACAAUCACAGCAGUCUGCUCGGGAAGAGGAGGAGGCGCGGAGAAUUCAGGAGAGAUCCGCUGCCCAAGCUCGCGCGCAGCAGGCACAAACAGAGGCUCGGGGUGGUCUGGGUCCGAUGAAGAUCAAGGAGAACUACGUGCCUCGAGCGGCCCAGAAGGCGGCGAACAAGCAAGGAAUGCAGAUGGCGCUGUGUCCCAACUGCAAGCAGCAGAUUCCCCUGAACGAGCUCGAAGCUCACAUGCGAAUCGAGCUUUUGGAUCCAAGCUGGAAAGAGCAAAAGGCCAAGGCCGAGUCGCGUUAUGCUACAUCCAACAUGGCCCACGUGGACGUGGCCAACAACCUGAAGCGACUUGCCAGUCAGAGGAGUGACGUCUUCGACCCUGCGACAGGAAACGCCCUCUCAGAGGACGAACAAGCUCGACGAAAGAAGGCAGCCAUUCAAAGUUUUGACGGGCAUCUGGAGGGGAAGAGCCAAGCUCACCUCAACCACCUGCAGAAUGUCAACGUCGACGAGCAAAUUCGAGCAAUCCACCAGAAAUUCGCUACCACCAAAAAGUAAGGAUGGCAGUGGUAGCGAAACAUGACGCUCCGCGUUAGCUUUGGCUUUGCGGUAUGGAGUUUGGGAGCUCAAGGUGAGGCGACUUUUCGUCAUUAUCUGUGUUUUGUCAGGGGCUCAUUUCACAUUAGCGGCUUAUCAAGAGAUGCGCUGUGCACAAGAUUGGUUGGAGACGAUGUGUGCCAGGUU